AUGUCUAUAAUUGAACAACAAGAAAAAAUCACAUUACAUCCUAAACCAGGGUUUGUUGUUAAAACAAGGAUUCUUGAGAGCACAAAUGUAUCGAGAAUUUCAACCAAAGUAUUCAUAAACAUUUGUCAUGAUCAGGAAGUCCCACGCCCAUCGGUUGACUUUGAACCGGAGGUUGUGUUCCCCUUAAUUAUUGAAAACCAAUGGGAGAUACCAAUUAUUGUUUCUCAAGAGAAGGAAAGUAAAGACAAGAAAGGAUUUCCUUCGUUGGUAUACGAUUGUUGCAUUAAUUCAAAAUGUUUCCAGUGGUGUCAGGUAAGUAAAGAUCUAAGAUCAAUUCUUAUCGAGUGGUGCAUCGAAUCAGUGGAAUUGCUUUAUUCAUUAACAUUGGAACGUGAGUUUUCUUUGCCAAAGAUGUUAUCCAAGGGUGAACUUUCAAAUACUGAAAUUUCCAAAAAUGAAUUAAGUGGUGCUGGGUUAAAGGAUAGACUAGAAGCGUUGCAAAAGAAUGAAACAUUAGGAUUGAUUCAAGAAUUGGGUAGUGAUACUGAAGAAAGUAGUGAGUUACCUGAUUUGAUGAAUAUCAAUGGGAAACCGGUACCAUCAAAAUCACUUAUUCAGGAGAUUGAUUCCAGAGACACGAUUAUGCCAUCUCAUAAUAAGAAUAAUACUAUUGAAGAUCAAGCAAAGGAAAUCAAAUACAGUGUACUGUUUAACAAAGUUUACAAUUCGGAUUACAAUGUUGCCAUAGUUUUUGAAUGUGAUCUUCCUAUUCAUUCAAAACACUUUGAUAUAACAUACACAUCCCUGAAAUCGUCAAUCGUCAUCAAGAGCCAUAUCAAGGGAUAUAGAUUUGCUUCUGGAGACUCUUUGGAAAUACCUGUUUCACGUGAUAUUCAAGUUAGAAAUACAAGAUGUUUCAGUUGCAAGCGAUGUUUGUACAUAUUUAUCUAG